AUGGGGGUGUUGGCAACAGAUUCCGAAGAAGAAACGCCAGAAGUCAAGCCCAGACAGUGCCACGCGCCCAACGACAACUCAAGAAAACUGGAGAUUCUUGAGACCCAGAGAAGAAAGCAGUGGAGCAACAGACAAGCUGCCAAACACUUCGGCGUCGCCGAGGCCUCCAUCCGGAAGUGGAAGCUACUUGAAGACCGGCUUGCUGCCGCGCCUGCAUCACGCAAGAGACUGUCCGGGGGAGGUCAAAAGGCCAAGAACCCUGAACUUGCCCGAACCCUGAUGGAAUGGAUGGACGUUCAAAUGAAAGAAGGAGUCCUAGUCAGUGGAGCUAUGCUCAAGAGCGAAGCCAGGAGGAUUUUAGGUGACGACGAUUCGUUCAAAGCGUCUAAUGGCUGGUUGUCUUGUCUGAAGAAGAGACAUGGUCUGAGAUGUACCAAGAGGGGGAAAAACGGGUUCACUAGUUUGUGA